AUCACGGCGUCGCCUGCGUCAACAUUCACAGAGUUUGUCUUCAGAAAGCGGAAUUGAGGAGAUUACUACACACGUGUGUACUGAGGAGGAAGCACAAGAACAGUGGAAAUGAAGCACAUUAUCAGCGCAAAACUACAGCUGAAGAAGAAAGCUGAGCAUUUGAAGGCAGACCUGAUGAGGCAGUUCAACACUCAAGUCAAUGAAUUCAUGGACAGUCUGAUAGAGGAGUCUGCCAGUCUGGGUUCGUCCCAUGUGAGCAAAGUCUUUCCUCUCUCAGAAAAGGAGAAAAGCAAACUCAGGCAUACACAGCAUUCCCAAGGCCAAAGCAAGCAGUUCGUGAUCCGUCGAUCACUGUUAGAUGAUCUGUUUGAGGUGAACCACAUUCGCACCAUCUAUCACAUGUUCAUCGCCGUCCUCAUCCUCUUCAUCUUCAGCACGCUUGUCGUGGAUUUCAUCGAUGAGGGCAGAUUGGUGCUGGAGUUUGAUCUGUUGGUGUACGCGUUUGGCCAGUUCCCCCUAGUGGUUGUCACGUGGAUGUGUAUGUUCUUGUCCACACUUGUGGUUCCGUAUGUGUUGCUCAGUGUCUGGGCCAGUGUUUACCCCUCGUCAAACCAUCGGGCCUUAUGGACAGUGCUGGCUGGUUCUCUCUUGCUGCUGUACCAGGGACUGUGUUUGGGUUUCCUGCCCACAUAUGUGGUGCUGAAGAAUGGCCUUCCCUGCUUCAUACUUAUUCUAGAACAGGUGCUCGGCUGUUUAUUUUAUGCAUAUUACAUAUUUGUGCGGCUGUGUAUCCCUCAGUUCCGCAGUAUCAGUAUGCAGCUCUUUGACCUGAGGGCCAUGGUGUUGUGUGUCUUCAACUCUAUACUGCCAGGAGUGCUGGUGCUUUUCUUGGCAUUUUUUGCCUUUCUGCAUUGCUGGCUUAAUGCAUUUGCUGAAAUGCUACGCUUUGGAGACAGAAUGUUUUAUAAGGACUGGUGGAACUCCACUUCAUUUGCCAACUAUUACCGCACAUGGAAUGUUGUAGUACAUGACUGGCUUUAUUACUAUGUCUACAGGGAUUUCCUGUGGAUGACACAGAAGCGAUUCCGUGCAGCGGCCAUGUUGGUUGUUUUUACUGUGUCUGCUGUAGUGCACGAGUACGUUCUGGCCAUCUGCUUUGGCUUCUUCUAUCCCGUCAUGUUCUGCCUCUUCAUGUGCUUUGGAAUGGUGUUUAACUUCGUUCUUAACGACCGGAGAAAAGGGCCGAUCUGGAACGUGAUCAUGUGGACUGCACUGUUCUUGGGUCAGGGCGUUCUCAUUUGCCUGUAUUCUCAGGAGUGGUACGCGCAGCGCUUCUGCACUAUUCAAGAGCCUUCUUUCCUAGACUUGUUGAAGCCUCGAUCCUGGACGUGUGCUCCACAGACUAACACUGCUGUAGAUGCUCACUAAAGCCACACCACCAUCCUCCAGAUGAAUCAGACUUUUUUUUUUUUUUAGCAUUCUAUAGGUAUUGCACUCUGACCAAAUGAAGUGAACCGUGACAAGCUUACUCUAUAAUCAUGAAGACAAUGUUUUAUGAAGAGGCCUUAGAUAUUUAAUAUUUAUUAUAGCAUCCAUAAUAGAAUGUAGAAUGUCUAUAAUGUGCAUUAUGAAUAUUUCUUUCAAAUUCCUAGUUAGCAUUUGACAAUCUAUUUUAAGUUACGUCUGAUCUGGCUAAAGAGAUUCUGUUUUUAGAAGCCUCUGUGAUGUUGUUGAGAUCAGAUUAUAUAGUAAAUGUGUUUUGUUUACUGCUACUUCUUAGUGUUGGAGAUUGUGGUGUUACCCCAGUACUGGAGAGGCCAUGGAAGAUUAUACAUGUGGUACAUUUGAACCAGGUUGCCUGGACUACACAAAACUGUCGAAUGUUUACAAGCAGGGUUGCGUAUUCUAAAACCCCAGUGGAUUUAAAUUAUGUGCCAUAUUUUACUACCACUGAUAGUCUGGACUUUGGAAAUUUGGACUCCAUGUUUUUUUUUUCCCUAGAGCUAAAUUAAUUAGAUACUAAUUUAAAAACCAUGCUUUAGGACUUAUUUAUUACAAAACAGGGUAUCAGAUUUUUGGAAGUGUUAAGGUUUUGCAGCUGGCUGCACUCGUGAUCAUUAUUAUUACUAAUGGUUUCCAAGCACAAUUCCUUUGCUGGUUAUAAAUUAUUAUGAACAGUGAUAUGCAGGGGAUUUAUAAAAAAAAAAUAGUAAUAAUAAAGUCUAGGAUAUUUUGAAUGGCAUUUAUUAGUGCAAUAAAGAGUUUUGAGUGAAUAA